GGAGCAGUUUGGGGCCGCCUGCCGGGAGCUGGACCAGCCGGCGCCGGCCGCGGCGGGGCCCUGGCAGCUCCUGGUGGAGACCAUGGGCGUGCGGAUCUACCGCCUGUACCACCAGUAAAUUGCUGUUUUUCUUGUGAGAAUAAAAAUGUUGAUGCCUCUUAGAAAGAUGAUGAGUGCGUGGGGUUACACAGAUGCUGAAUAGUUCAGGUUUGAAGCUGGUGAUUGGUGCUUCAGUGAAGCCACAGUGAAGAUGAGUAGCUUAAGCUUCUUGCUCACAUUACUGUUUUCUGGUACUUCAAAUCCUCAUCUUCUGGAGCUGAUUUGUGAAGGUGAGGUAAAGAAAAAAUUCAUCUAUUCACUAACAGAAUAUUGUAUAAGCCUUCUUUUCCUUUCCUUGGGAAUGCUUUGAUUUGAUUUCUACACUAUAUAUUUGAAAUACUCUCAUUGUUUUAAUUUUGUCCUGAACUCUCAUUGUUUUAAUGUAGUCCCGAACUCAUACUAACAAUGGUACAAACAUUGCUCUAUAGACACAGAUGGAAUUACCAUAUGUUGAAAGUAACACUAAAACAGGAGAUACCCUGCACCCCACCCCUUCAGUGCAUACAGCUUUCUGAAAGAAAAUACCUGAUAAAUAUUGAAGGCAGAUAUGAGUGCAUUGUAUGUAAGCAUGGACCUUGUAAAGCAUUCGUGUAUCCCAGCCUGAUGUGUAAGCAGAACUAACUUGCCACAAGAAUUUAAUGCUUCUGGUAAACCUCAGUGUGGGCAGGAUUCAGUCCACACUGGCCACUCAAGCUGAAAAGGGGACUGUUUGUGAAGAAACAUGCUCCCUCUGGAACUCCUGAUGGAAUUAAAGGGUACUGGUGUAAGGGAAGGAACAGCCAUUGUGCAGGGCAGGUCAGCCUGGCUGGAUUUACACUUUCAUGUAUAGAUCUAAAAGUCGAGAGGUUAAAGACUGAAUCUUAUAUUGUUUUCUGAGCACUUGCUUUCAUAGCUCUUGAACAUAUUUGUAAUUUGUGCCCCACCUAACUUCCUUCAGCUGUUCUCCCUGAUGCAGAGUACUUCCCUUUCCUGUGUGACUUUUCCUCUCUUCAUUCUGUUUCCACAGCAAUCAGGACUUUAUGAAUAUAAAAUCUUUGGUGGUCUUGCUGACGUUCCCCCCAAAUUGUGUGCAGAUGUCUACAUGGACUUGGAUUUCAGAAAAGAGUGGGAUCAGUAUGUUAAAGAACUGUAUGAGGAAACAUAUGAUGGUGAAAAAGUAAUCUACUGGGAAGUGAAGUACCCUUUUCCUCUCUCAAACAGAGAUUAUGUCUAUAUCCGGGAGUGCCGGGAGAUGGAUGUGCAGGGGAGGAAGAUCUGGGUUGUGUUAGCAAAAAGUGUGGCUGUUCCUCAGUGCCCUGAGAAGCCUGGUAUUAUCAGAGUUAAGAGCUAUAAACAAAGCCUGGUAAUUGAAAGUGAUGGCAAGGCUGGAUGUAAAGUCUAUAUGUACUAUUUUGAUAAUCCUGGUGGCAUGAUUCCAACCUGGCUGGUCAACUGGGCUGCCAAGAGUGGUGUGCCUGCUUUCUUGAAGGAUAUACAAAAAGCUUGCCUUAAUUAUUCUAAGACACGUGGGUGUUGAAAUUGAUUUUAAUCAUUUAAUUCCUAGAUCUCUGCUCUUACAGGAGCAGAUGUUAUAUAUUACACUGGAUAAAAUCUACCUCUAAUAUUGGAAAGAAUUUUAUUUUAGUUUGAGUUAUGCCUUGAGUUUUAUUAGAUUUUUUUUCGACUGAAGAGCUGGCCACUGGCAAAGUAGCACCAAUAUCAGCUGCAGCUUUUGAAAAUGCUCAAGUUUAACCUUGUUCCCCAUGCUUUGCUUAUGCUGGUUGUCAGGUAUCAACUAGAGGAGUUCUGUGCUGGUUAUGUUACAUCCUUGCACAAGAGACAACAAUCUUACUAGAAAAAUGUCUGAACUUGGACUUCAGAUUAUCUGCAUGUGUUAUGCCUGGAUCUGCUUUUGCUACCCAAGUUUGUAAUUCUUAAACUCUCUGCCUGAUAUAAACCUAAAAAAUGCUGAGGAAUGAGGUAAAUUACUAGAAAUGUGCAGCAGGAAGUCUGUGAUGCUAAGCUCCCUUAAAUCCAGCUGUAAAAAAAUCAAGCCUAGAGCCUUGCAUUCACAGCUCCAUACUUCUGUAUGAAGUGUAAAAACCUUUAUUUGUGUCCAGCUAGAAGAAAAAGGAGGUGACUUCUUGCAUGUCUGAUUUAAGGGGAACAAGUUUUAUCUCCAGAGUCAGUAGCCUUAUCAAUAAAGCAGCUUGCACGCCAACUUGAAACUGGAGGUAAUUUUUAACUGGGUGCCUGUCACUGAAUGUGGAUGAGCUUGAUGUGGAACUUGGGCUUGCUUGCAUUUUAAAAUUUCAUGCUAAUAUAAAGAAUGGAUGGUGACACACUAAAAGCUUAACUGAGCAGGAAAUUAAAUUUCCAGCACCUUUUCUUGGGGAGGGUAGGGGGAGGGGGGACAGGGA